CAAAUAGAAUCUAAAAACCCACAAAAGCCCUUUGAACUCUCUCCUUUCUUUUUUCCCUUAAAAAUCCUCUCGCCCAGCAUUCAAACUCUUGCUUUGCUUCUCAAAAAUGGCGUCGCGCUUUAGAUCUAUCUCAAACCCAACAUUUUCUAUCCUCAAAUCUACCAUUAACAAGCCAACCCUUAAACCCAGUCUCGCCUCUCCUCUCCUUCAUGCUCGCUCUUCUUCUCCCACAUUUUCAAGGUCUGUUUCUCGAUUGGGUUGUCUUCAAUCUCUGCUGCCACUUCACUCAGCAGUGUCUUCAGCUCGGCUCACGUCGUGCCUAGGAACUGAUUCAAUGAGCUUCUGUAACAAACUAGGUCUCAGUGUGCCUCGAUAACGUAUCAGAAGUCGAAGGAAGUGAUGCAUGAUGGAAGAGGGUAGUUGUUUUUUCCUUCUUUUAUGUGUGUCCAUUUGGAGAUUUAGUUUAUUUGACAAGUAUGCCAUUUCAUAUCAUAUUGAAAUGAAUUUUCAAUGUCCUUGUGAUUCUCCCAAUUAUAGAAAAUUCUCUCUAGAUUUCAAGCUUACUCCAUGGAUUCUAUAUG